AUGGACGAACGAACUCGCUUGUACAACGAGAAACUUCGCCUAUCCUCUCAGUCGUCCGCUUUGUCUACGAAAGUUCUGCCUGCAUCUCAAGCUCCGCUUUCUCCUGUUCUAUCCACCAACGCUCGUGGAAAUCGAAUCUCUGCGCCUCCCGUUUUCGUUCCUACUCUCGCGUAUCCUCCUUCGCCACCACCGUUCCUCUCCUCGCACUCUAUCUCAGGCGUUCCUCCCCUUCUGACGCCGUCUCCCGUCCUCACCCGCCACCAUUCCAGCCCUCAACAGUCUUUCACGCGCGAACGCAUCUUUCAGUACCCUCUGUCCCAUAUGGAAACCGCUUCAGACUUUUUCAGCUCCAAUGCGGCGUUGCAUUGGGCAUAA